CUCCUCUCACCUCUGACUCCUGAGUCACAGUUCUUUCCAUAAGCCCUGUCUUUUCCCAGUCUCUACCUUCCUUGGCCCCACUCCUGCCCUCUGCUAGUCCUGGCCACAGCCUUCCAGUCUCUCUUCCCCUCCUGGAAUAGGAAAGCCCUGUUGGACUUGGGCUCUGUUUCUGAGGAUCCUUCACCUCCUGCAAAUUUAAUCUUGGAUUUUGGAGGGUGUGAUUGUCCUUGACACCCAGCAUUCCUCUGUUCCCCACUGACCUACCCCAGAGCCACACUCUCUUGCUUUCCUUGGUUCCAGAUCAAAGAGGAGGAAAUGGUCCUCCUGACUGGAGGAAGCGCCCACCCACUUCAGCCAGCCCUCCCUUCCUCCAAAGGGCCCCCAGCUCACCUUCUGGCCCUCCCAUCUUGUCUAUAAUUUUAAUUGCCACUUUUCUUUGGUGUUUUUUGGAAACUGCUUCCUUGACUUUUGAGUAGGUCCCUUCCCCAAUGGUCUUGCCCAGCUGGUACCCAUUGGAGAGCAGAAAGUCCUCCAUGCUGUCUAACACCUCCUUCCUUCCUAUUACCCUCUCAGCUCAUGCUGCCUCUGCGAGGCAGCUCUACUCCACCAUCGCCCUUGGCCCGCUCCUUUUCCCCCCAAGGACUUCAUCCGCAGCCGCCCCCAGGGCUAAAGCAUUCUCCGUCUGGAGACAGCAGCCGCGGGUGGUGGGGAGGGAGAGGGCCAGACAUUUUAAAACUCUGGCCUAAUUGUGAUGUAAAUGAUGUGUGACUCUUGGCCAAAAUGAGCAAUGCUCCUAUCUGCCCUCACCACCACCACCACCAAACCCUGUCCGGGUUCAAUCACUGCUGCGCCCCGACCCCGCGCCAGGCAGUGAGUCGCACGCGGCCCCGCCUGUGGGGGGCGCUCCAGGGGUCUGCGCGCAGCCCAGGAUGCCAGGCUCCUUUCGGCGGACGCCGCCUCCUGUGCCCCCAUAGGGCAGCUCGGGGUCUGUGCGACCCAUGGCAUGAGCCCUCCAGCUCUUGACUCGCCACCCCGCUAAGUGCCCGGGCAGCGUGAGGUUCCCUGGCCGGAGGAACGGGUUCUAUGAGGUCACCGCGCCUCGGCCCGGGUCACAAUGCAGCCUUCCCCUUCGACGCCCGGGAACGGACGCGCCGCAGACACCUGCCCGGAUCCGCCUGGACCGGAGCGUCCUCCCGUGGCCAGGGCUCGGGCAGCUGCUUCCGGCCUGGGACCGGUCUCGGCCUCCGGCAGAGCGCCCCGGGGCCUGGACAUGAGUGCCCAGGAGCCCCCUCAGGGUCGAAGAUUCCCCAUUGAGGCUGGAGACUCCCCCGGCCUUGCCGCCGCCCCUGAGUCCCAGGACAGCCCGGAGCCUGUAGCUACGGAGCACAACCCGGUCAGGCCGCUUCGACGCUGCCCCGGUUGCCACUGCCUGACGCUGCUGCACGUGCCCAUCGACGUCUACCUGGCCAUGGGCGGGAGCCCCCGGGCCCGCGCCACCUGAGUGCGCCUGCGCACGACGGCUCGGCGGGAGCCGGGCGGGGACAAGGCCCGCCGCGGGCCACCACGCUGAGGUCGCGCGCGCCAAGCACGAGACAGUGAUGCACAUUUUUAAAUAAAAGAAUGAUGCACAUUUUAAUAAAGCACAGCAUAAACUGUUCUUUUCA